CAGAUCACCCGUGUUCAGACAGUGAUGAGAGCUUGCCUGCUAUCUGUAGUGAAUUGACUGACAAUGUUGAAGACAUCACAGCUGAGAAAGCAGCCUCUGCCCUGUGCCCACCAAGACCCAAGCAAAAGGUGACAUUAAAUACCCGUGAAAAGAGGCCAACCUUACAGAGGAAGCCAAAGGGACUGUUGGUCAGGAAGAGAGAAUCAAAGGCUCACGUAUUCAACACCUCAGAUUCUGACCUGAGUGAUGACAGCCUUUCAGAAUCAGGCAUGCCAUUCCAGCUGCAGGAUAGAGCCAAUGUCACUCAGGUCAAGCUGGAGGACAUCGCACCCAAAAGACGUUGCAUGACACAUCCACCCAAUAAAGAGGCUGAUGAACCAAAGAGGAUCCCACGGCAAGACCCAUUCGUGCUCCAGCUCAAGCAAAAACGUGUAAAGAAAUGCCAGGGAUGCAAAGGAGAUUUUGGGGAACCCGUUCCACCAGCAGAUCUUGUGAUUCAACAUCGCAACAACUUCCCAUACUACAAUAAGAAGGAGGGGAAACGUAUGGAUAAGUGGACGAACGGCUACUUCCAUGCCAAUGUGGCUUGCAUCAAGCCACGGUUCUCGGACUUUGAUCCCAGGGAGGUAGUUAUGCCACCAGCAACAUUGAAGGACCUGACAGAGGCCCAUGUUGAUUACUGCAGACAACAUGGCCUAGUUUUGGCCUUGGGGUUCCUUUAAUGUUGCUCGUGGUACAACUACUUCCCUAACUGAUCAAAGUCUGAGAACCGUGAUGUGUAUUGCCAAACCCACAGUCGAUCUAGGGAUCUAGCCUAUUGUCUCUUGCAAUAAGGUAACCUCAGAAGUGCACCAGGUACAAGAAUGUGGUAUGAUGGCCAGGUUUACAAAUAGCAUGCAUUGCCAAGUAGAAAUUUACUUCAAUCUCAACUUUUAAAUAUUGAUAGUUUAAGCUAACAUGUAUUGUUACUUAACUAAUGUCUGACUGCAGAAUACAUUGUACGAAUAUUGAGAUCAAUUGCAAAAGGGUGUGGUAAAAUUAACAGAGCCACUUUAAAUGUAGACAGCAUCACCGCACAACCACAACCUUCAUUUCUGUUUCCCUUAGGUAUUAUGGUCUCUAUUGAAAUAUUGGCAUGAUUGUUAUAUUUCACAUAUAGGGCUCAAAAUAUUGGGUGCAUAUGGUACACCCAAAAUUUGAGCUGUGCACCCAAGUAUAACAUGUACUUUUUUUAGGCUUUUGUAUGUUAAGAUAUUAAAGUAUACUUAGUGUUUAGUACAUGUACAAACCAUAUUCUCGAUAUUUAAGUGUUAGAAAGAUGUAAUUUCAUUUUAAACUCACAGUCAGUCUAAAUGGUAUGUCUUAAUACCCUAUUCCAAAAAAACAAUUGUCACCCUGCGGAUAAAGGUUAACCCUGAGCAUUUAAAUUCUAUGUGGCGCACACAAAACAUUUAUGGUGUCACACAGUCCCAAAAUGUAUUUCAAGCCCCGUACAUGGACCAUUUGGAUCUGUGAUGUUAGGUCAAAAGAUAUUGAUUAUGAUGUUGGUUGGGGUCGUUGAAAUAAAGGACAUUUUGAUUUUUGUGGUCAUUGAAACAACUUUGUUUUGCUUCUGUAUGGGU